UGGCCGAGCGAUCAGAUUAGAGGUGUCAGUGUUCGUUUAUCUGUGAGGGAGCGACAAACGGCUAAACGCGCUGCUUUCGCACGUCGCUUCAUUCAGCGGUGGUGGAGGGGAGUGGAGCAGAUUGUAUAUUGACAUCCGUCGGGGAAUUUCCCCUCGUUUUUUUUUUUUUUUUUUAUACAAUGGAUUCCUGCAGGGUACGAGCCUGGGUGUUUCUGUUCCUACUGUGGCAGGACGGUUGUUGGGCAUCGCAGUUUCCGACACAGCUCAUGAUUAAAGAAUGGGUUGAUCAGAUGCAGAAGGAGCUUGUUACCCUGGCAGACACAGCCACAGCUGGGAAGAGCCUCACUCAGAUUUUUCUAAAAAACCAAAACCUCUACACUGUGGAGCAAAACGAUGCGGAGGAGCUAGUGGCCAGAGCAGCCAGGAACAUAGAACAGCUGCUACACAAGAGGUCUGCUGCCUUGGAGAAACUGGCCACAGCUGCUGAAGAGUUCCAAAUGAGGCAUCAGUGGAAGGAUGAUUUUGAGGAUGAUGAAAUUGCCUACUACAAUGCAAAGGACAAUCUGGAUGCAAAUGAGACAGAGGGAAGAAAGAACAGGAUUCGACCAGACUUUCAAGAGGACCCCUCAUUUAAACGUUUGACUGACUACAACCACACAGCUGUCCACAUUCCCACUGACAUCUAUGAUGGCUCCACGAUUGUGCUGAACGAACUAACCUGGACGGAGGCAUUAGAAGAUGUAUUUAGAAAAAAUAGAGAGGAUGACCCGACCCUUCUCUGGCAGGUGUUUGGGAGUGCCACAGGCCUGGCUCGUUACUAUCCAGCUUCGCCCUGGAUGGACGCCCGUAAGACUCCUAGUAAAAUUGAUCUCUACGAUGUCCGCAGGAGGCCAUGGUACAUUCAAGGAGCUGCCUCACCGAAAGAUAUGCUAAUUCUCGUUGAUGCGAGUGGGAGUGUGUCUGGCUUGACGCUAAAACUGAUCAGGACCUCUGUCAGUGAGAUGCUGGAGACUCUUUCUGACGAUGACUAUGUCAAUGUAGUGUAUUUCAACACCAGGGUGAAGAAGACGGCUUGUUUCGACCAUCUGGUUCAAGCCAACGUGAGGAACAAAAAGCUGCUGAAGGAUGCUGUGCAGAACAUCACAGCUAAAGGAAUUACAAAUUACACAAAAGGCUUUGAGUUUGCUUUUGAGCAGCUCUCUGCGACUAAUGUGAGCAGAGCAAACUGCAACAAGAUUAUCAUGCUGUUUACUGAUGGAGGAGAGGAAAGAGCCCAGGCCAUAUUACAGAAAUACAAUGCUGACAAAAAGGUUAGGAUCUUCACCUUCUCAGUAGGACAACACAACUACGAUAAAGGACCCAUUCAAUGGAUGGCCUGCUCGAACAAAGGGUACUUCUAUGAGAUUCCUUCCAUUGGAGCCAUCAGAAUAAACACACAGGAAUAUCUAGAUGUUUUGGGAAGACCUAUGGUUCUAGCAGACAAGCAGGCCAAGCAAGUCCAGUGGACUAACGUAUACCUUGAUGCUCUGGAGCUUGGUCUCGUCAUCACUGGAACACUACCUGUCUUCAACAGAACCAAGACUAUAGAUGAAAGAAAUGGAGAGCGACAGAAUCAGUUGAUUCUUGGCGUAAUGGGGAUUGACGUGUCUCUUGAUGACAUCAAGAAGCUCACGCCACGCUUCACAAUUGGUCCAAAUGGAUACUACUUUGCCAUAGAUCCCAACGGCUAUGUCUUGCUGCACCCCAAUCUCCAGCCAAAGAAGAGGAUUCGUUACAGGAAGCUCAGACUCAAUAAUAAGUAUGCUGCCACUUUUCAUGAGGAGCCUGUUACUCUGGACUUUCUGGAUGCUGAGCUGGAGAAUGACAUCAAAGUGGAGAUCAGGAGAAUGAUGAUUGACGGUGAGACAGGAGAACGCACUAUUAACACGCUGGUGAAAGCUCAGGAUGAGAGGUAUAUAGAUAGAGGAGUCAGGACCUACACAUGGGCACCAGUUAAUGGAACAGACUACAGCCUGGCCCUUGUUUUGCCUAAAUACAGUGAACACUUCAUUCAAGCUAAACUGGGGGAAGAUAUCAAACAAGCCAUGUCUUCUUCUUGGGGGCAAGAAGUCAUGGAGACCUUACAGCAGGAGAGGUUUGAUGAGUUUGGUUACACCUACAUUGCUCCACGGGAGUACUGCAAAGAGCUGAAGCUGUCACUCAACAACACCCAGUUUCUCCUUGAAUUCAACCAGUACAUUGAUAGAAACACUCCAGAUGCUUGUAAUGUAUCCCUUGUGAGUCGGCUGAUCCUGGAUGCAGGUCUGACAGCUGAACUGGUUAAACUUUGGAACGAGCAGUCGAUGGAUGGGAUAGUAGCCAGGUUUGUAGCCACAGAUGGAGGAAUCACAAGAGUCUAUCCAAGAAGCGCUGGAGAAGAGUGGACUGAGAAUCCCGAGACAUAUGAGUCAAGCUUCUACAAGCGGACCCUGGACAAUGAAAUUUAUAUUUUCACAGCUCCAUCUUUCAAUGCAGAGAGCAGAGAGCCUGUGUCUGAGUCAGGUAUUCUAGUGAGCAAAUCAGUGGAUCUUGUCAUUAAUGAAGUCACACUUAAACCAGCAGUGGUGGGAGUGAAACUCAAUGUCUCAUUCUGGAUGAACAGUUUCAUGAAUGCUACACUGAAACUGAAUUGCAAGGAUGAGAUUUGUGGCUGCCUGAGGAAUGACAAGCACGUGGACUGUGUGAUUUUGGAUGAUGGAGGAUUUCUUCUCAUGUCCAACAAGGAUGAGUACAUUACCCUGAUAGGUCAGUUUUUUGGUGAGGUGGAUCCAGUGCUGAUGAUCAACCUGGUCAACACCUCCCUGUAUUCCUUCAACAAGACUUAUGACUAUCAGUCUGUCUGUGACCCAGAGAAAGACAGCAAGGCAGCAGCAGGACCCCGCUCCGUCUAUGUGCCUACCAUUGCAGACAUUCUCAGUAUUGGCUGGUGGGCAUCCACUGCUGCCUGGUCAGUACUUCAGCAGCUCUUCUUGGGUCUCAUGUUCCCCAGUCUUCUAGAGGCAGCAGAGUCAACAGAUGAUGACAUAUCAGAUGCCAUGUUUAAAGAAAGCUGUAUCACAGAGCAGACUCAGUACUUCUUUGACAAUGAUGAAAAAUCCUACUCAGGUGUCCUGGACUGUGGAAACUGUUCCAGGAUGUACCGUGCUGAGAAGCUGCCAAACACCAACCUUGUGUUUUUAAUCACUGAUGCCAAAGAAACAUGUUUGUCAUGUGACCCCGGGCUACUGCGACAGGCUGAACAGCCCUCUGAAGGUCCAGAUCCAUGUGAGCUGGCUCAGAACCCCAGAUAUCGCAAAGGGCCAGACGUCUGCUUUGACAACAAUGAAAAUGAUGAACCUUUGUGCCCUGUCAGCCGAGGUUCUACAAUGAGAUCUACGCCCUUCUUGUUACUUGUGGUUUUGAUUUCAGGGUCCAUUCCAUCACACAGCUUCAAAAGGCUCAUUACUGGCAUAUUAACCACUCUGAUCUUCACAGUUUCUUGGCAACUGAAAAGUUCUUGUCAAGGGAAGACGAUUCUGAUUGUGGAGGAGGGACUUGUCUAAGCCCGAGCCUUUGGCCAGUGCUCGGGCUUCAGCUGCUGCUGCUGUGGCUCAUCACAUCUUUACAACACUCAUGACCCCUACACACAUUUACGCACACACACUGAUCAUCGUGUCAUUUCACAGGAGGCCAGAAGACACUCGAGUUGCACCAUACAGGAUGUAUGCAGAAUAUUUGCAAUGAGACAUUUUUAUUUUCUCAAGACCAGUAUCAGCAUUUCCAUUUGCCAAUGCCAAAGGGUGCUCAUUCAUUACCUCCUCAUCAUUUUCAAGAAGAGAGACACAUUUACUGUGCUCAGCUGCACUCAUUUUCAUGAUAUACUCCUUAAUAUUCUCCUAUGGUGCAAGAGUAAGAGCUAACCAAACCCUUUAAUUCUGCCUCAUUUUCUCUCGUUUGUCGGAUUUAUUUAGAGGAGGUUGAAAGAAGUUAUCCCCACUAUGAAAGAAGUUAUCUCCACUAUGCCAACUAAAAGCCUGUAUGUUCACUGACAGCAUUGAUUUGUGUGGUUGUCUAGAUUGUUUGUUGCUUGUUAUAUUCAUUGUGUAUGGAUCAGUAUGCUGUAAGGAUUGUUUAUUUUGGCAACCAGUGCAAGUAUUAAGAGUAUCCCUUUUGAUUUGAGUGUUUUUAAAUGUACUUUACCAACCUAUCUACAUUUCAUUUUUUGUACUCAAAAUCAGCAAGCAUUUUGUGUCUAGCUAGGUGUUGUAUUGUAGCAGCAUGUGCUCAGUACAGAGCUAAAGACAACACCAACUUUUUUGACACCAAAGCUCCACACAGUACCAAUGACCACAGAUAUCUGCAAACCUACUAAAGAGAAUCUGCACAGUAGUUGAAUUUUAGAUAUUGCUCAGAUCUAGGUGUACAUCAGUUAUCAGUAAACAAGUUACGAUAUUAGAUAGAUAGCAUUGAUAUUUCACUAAGGGACAAGUGAGUUCAGGUUGCAUCCAAUGUGAUAAUCUAUUAACACUAGGACUCCCAAGUUGGUCAUUUUGACCUUUUUUAAAUUUUGCAGUGUACUAUCUUUGCUGCUAUGAAUCCCAUGUAACUAUAGGACCCUGACUUUUCCUAAAUAUGUGUAUAUUGCAUUCUAACAUUGUCAUUUUAUUAAAUACACAAAAGAGUUAUGAGUGUUUCUACUGAUGUUCCUUGCCAGAACCAUCUUUACUUGAUUGGUAACAUUACAGAUCCAUGUAGUCUUCACUGUUUUUAUUUAUUAUGAAUUAUAUUUGUAUAUAUGAUAUUAAUUUAUCAUAAAUUUAAGCAAAUAAUGUAUGGCGGUCAGAAUGACCAUCCAUGGGAGUUCUAGUAGUUCUAAAAUUCUGGGAGUUCUAGUGUUAAGAUAUUAAAAUUUCAAAUAUAUUUGUACUUCAAGUGACAGCUUUGGUUGUCUUCAGUUUGAUGCAUCAAAUUCCCAGUGCCUACGUAGUAACUCAAACAGUCUGGUAUUUGAAUGAAGCAACACAUCAGAUUUGUAUUCUUACCAAGUAUACUUCUAUGCUAAUGCUUGCUGCAGUUUAGCAGAGAGGGUAACCCUUGCAGUAAUUUGUUAUGAAAUGGUCCAAAUCUGCUUCAGUUAUUUAUUUAUUUAUUUUGGCUUGUUGAUAGGUGAUGGAAACAGCCAGUGACUCUGAUUAUGGGAGAAGAAUAUUAUUUUCCUCCCUCGCCAAAACAAACCUAAACCAGACUUGAGCUCGCUUUCCAACACCUCUCUUUAUUAAUCCUGUUUCUGUUCCCUUUCUGGAUCGCCAGACUCAGGAGCCAAGAUGAUUUGUGAAUGAGAUCAGCAUAUCAAAAUGACUGUUUCUUUGUUUUAUUGCUGUUCUCUUUAUGCUUGUUUCCUCUUUGUGUUGCUCUAUAAGUGCUGUGAAGCAGACGCUGAAGGCUCAGUGUCGAAAUGCUGCAAUGUCAUGGGAUGAGCUUGUUCUGUGUUUGAACUCUGUCUAUGCCUGUGAUCAGCAUCAGGGCAUGCUGGAGAGAACUUUGAGAGCAAUGAUAAUUUUACAUUGCCUUACUUUGUCUUAGGUUUUAGGAAGUAAAGAUAAAAAUCACACAUAGUUUAAGCAUUUUUUUUUCCUUUUUCCAUUUUUUUUUUUUAAAGAAAAGUUAAGUUCUCUCCAUCUUGCCUUCAUGGUGAUAUACUGGUGUGAUCAGGUUAUGCUGUCUUACAAAGUUAUGUGUUGACUUGUGUUUUACCCAGAGGGUCCCGUGUCUAUGUGCAGGCAUGUGUGUGUCCCUCCGAUAUCUGAUUGUGCUUUAAUACCGUACAUGAAAUACUCUUUUGUGGAACUUCACUAGCCUGAAUAAAUUUUGUAUACAUUUGUACACUAAUACUAUUUACUGUAUAAAAGAGAAAAUGGAAGAAAUGAAAAAAAUGUUUAUAAUCCGGUGUUGGUUAUUGUGCAUAUAUAAUAA